AUGACCCGUGGUUACGAUCUGGCAGAUGAGACGCAAGUCAGAGAGUUUUUGAGAGACGUUGAAACAGAAUACCAGUUUCAGUGUCUUCAUGAAAAGCAAGCAGACGGAUGCCAUCGUCUUGCAGAAUUCAGAGAGACCAUUAAACAAGAUGUUGCUUCAGCGGGACCCUUAUACAAAGAGAACUGUGAUAAGAACAACUACUCUAAAAGCUGUUUCAGCUAUGGUCAGUGUUUGCUGACUGGAAAAGGUGUGCCAGAGAAAAAACCAGAUCUGACCUCAGCGUUAAAAUAUUAUGAGAAAAGCUGUGACAUGGACAGCUCUAAGGGAUGCUUUGUUUCUGCUCUUUUACGAUUAUCCUCUGAUGUGGGUGCAGAAAAAAAUACUGAGAAAGCCAUUGUUCAUUUAUCUAAAGCUUGCAGCCUCAAAGAUGGGGAAGCAUGUUUUAAACUAAGUUCACUAUAUCUCACAGGAAACCUUGUUGCCAAGGAUUUGAACCAAGCCUACCAGUUGGCUAAAGCAGGCUGUGAAUUAGACCACUUUAUGGCUUGUAAUAAUUUGAGUUUGAUGUACCGUCAUGGUCACGGAACUGAGAAAAAUCUGGUCAUGGCCAGCAAGGCCAAGGAGAAAGCAAUGAAUUUAUCUGCAGAGGAAGCAAUGAAGAGACCAAGUGUAAUCAUGAAUCGCUGA